AUGGGUGCCAUAGCAAGCAGAUACCGUGUUUCUAACGCGGGCCUUACCGGCACCGAUUUACAAAAUCUGGAUAAUGAAAACAAACGUGAUAACCCUGGAACUUUAGAUGAAUUGCACAAAAAAACCAAAGAGGUGAUGCCAGUUAACUUUGAAGGCGGCAAGCUUAUGGUUAACAAGGGUAUUUCAAACCAUUUUCAGAUGUCCCACACCCUCACAAUGAGCUCUGCGCAAAACGGUUAUAAACUUGGUGCAACGUACAUUGGCACCAAGCAAAUUUCCCCCACAGAGGCUUUCCCAGUGGUUCUAGGCGACGUGGAUCCCGCGGGGAAUGUGAACUUCAACCUGAUCCAUCAACUCACUAAUGAGAUAAGAGUUAAGGGUGCAGCACAGGUUCAAGAAUGUAAGCUUACAGCAACCCAAGGCACUUUUGAGUACAAGGGUUCUGAUUACACAGUGGCUGUUGCAAUCGGAAAGCCUGACUUUAGUGAGAAAUCUGCCAUUUUCGUUGGCCACUACUUACAGUCUGUGACGAAGCGGCUGGCUCUCGGAGCUGAACUGGUGUACCAGUCUGGUGCGAGGGUGAUGGGAGGUGAAAUCGCAAUAGCGUCCGCCGCGGCGAGAUACACGAUGGACGAUUCGGAGGUGUCUGCCACGUUGGGAGCCGCCGGUUUCCACAUUUGCUAUUUCAAACAAGCUAGUGAACAGUUGCAGGUGGUAGCAGAGAUGGACACAUCAUUUAGAGGAAUGGAAUCAGUGGGCACCAUUGGCUACCAAGUCACUGUCCCCAAAGCAGAACUCGUUUUUAGAGGUAUGGUGGACUCAAACUGGAACAUUGGGGCUGUUCUGGAGAAGAAACUCCAGCCCCUGCCGUUUACGUUCGCCCUUUCCGGAAUGGCGAACCAAGCGAAGCAGCAAUUCAAGUUUGGUUGCGGACUGAUCAUUGGC